AUGGAUGGAUGUGGGUUCGGGUUCGCAACGGGCGACCGGGUCUGCGUGGCCGAGGGCCGCCACUUCCAGGACUUCGCGGCGGGCGAUGUCGGCGUGGUGAGCGACGCGGACCACAGCGCGCAGACCUGCCAGGUCAUCUUCAGGCACCGGCCACACGACAAGCUUUGUGUGGCGUGGCGCCACCUCCGCAAGUGUGGGGAUGAGCCACCAUCCUUCCAGUCCAGAAAUGCCACGUCCAAGGAGGAAUCUCAUGGGUGGCAGGACUUCGCAACUUUGGACCGGGCCAACCUCUCCAACCAGGAUGGCCUGGCCAAAGACCUGGGCCAUGCCCUGGGAGCAGCUUCCAUGGCCGGGUACUGGGAGGCGGCGCUGACUCACCUGGAAAGUGGCCCGAGUUCUUCCCCUGGCCUUGGCGAUUGGGUGCGGGAGUUCCCCGAUGAAGGCGAGGCGAGCCUCUCGGCGGCCGUGGAGGCCUCGGCCUCCGCCAGGGCCUCGAGCUUCGCCACGGCGCUGCUGGAGGCGCAGACGGCCAGCUCCAAAGUGAAGGAGCUGGAGGAGAAGUUCGCCCAGCACAGCCGUGAGCAUUGGCUUGGCCUGGAAUGCCUCCAGGAGAGGAUGAGCGGCACCGCCUCCCAGCGGGAGGUCCACGAGCUGAAGCAGAGCUUCCAGAAGGAACUUGCUGCCGUCGGCAAGCACGUGCAUGGCCUCUCGGAUCAGUACCAGGCGAUCACCGACUUGGUCGCCAGCGUUCGAAAGGAGCUCGGGUACAAGGCUUCGCAUGAGCAGCUGGAAGACCUGGAGCACCAGCAGUGCAAGGCCAUGGAGAGCCUCUUGCACCGCUGGGAUCGCUGUGCAGAGAGCCGACGCCGGGCUUUGGAGACUGAAGCCGGGAAGGCCUUGGGCGAGGUGCAAUGGCAAGCGGCGAAACCAGAAAAGGAAGAGGUGCGAAUUGCAGAAGAGCAUGUCACACGGCUCGACAUGCUGUGCCGCGAGCAGACGGCUGUGAAGCAACAGCUGGCACGGCUGCAGACCGACGUGAAGGUGGGCAAUGCCAGUAGAAGCCUGGAGGGGCAUGACACCCCGGACUGGGAGCAUCGCUUCAGACUGCUUUCGGUCAAGGUGGAUGGACUGUGCAGCCAGCUGGAGGUCGUGCAAAGUACCUGCAGUGCUGCAGAUUCGCGGGCCACCAAGGAGCAGGUGCUCGAUGCCUUGCGGCUCCGGGCAGAUGCCGCCGCCGAGGGCCUGGCUUCAGAGGUGCGCAUCCGUGAGGAGGCGGUGCAGCGGCUGGAGGUGCAGCUGCGGGGCGCCAAGCGCGACAUGGACGCUGCCAUGGACGCCUUGCGAGGCAACCUCGAGAAGCAGCUCAAUGCAGCCCUUUCGACGGUGCGAAGUGAGGCGGCUCGGGCACAGCAGAAUUGGCAAGAAGAGCUCCAAAGGAGACAGGACGCCGAGAAUUCGUUGCGCAGCCACCAGUGUGAGAUGGCGGAGAUGCGGUCCAAGCUGCUUCGCAAGGAGCAAGCCCUGCUAGAGGCCUCGGGCUUAAAGGAAAGGCCUCAACUGACCUGGCAGAGCUCAGCCAGAGGAGGUGUCGAGCCGGCUGACGGCAGAGGAGCAGAGUUCGCCAGCCCAGCCGCAUCGCCACGCCGCCUGGCACCCCCCGUGCGGCAGCCAGGAAGCUUUGGGUCAUUCGGCCCUUGA